AUGAAGCUAAUCAAUCCUUCUAUGCUCAAAGGUGGGCCUGACACUGUGAAUAUAUGGCAAAGCUGCGGGCCAGUUCCAGCCUUGGGAGUGGUCCAAUUGAUCUUCCGCGAGAAAGCCAAAGAGCUAGGAUUUGUGCCAUAUGUCGGAGAGGGGAGCGCCAUCUUCAACUGCCUCCAUGUCAACGCCAUAGCCCCAUUCAUGCUGAAGGUGUUGGAUCUUGCAUUGCACGACGAUACCCCUCAAGGAUCCGUCUCCGAGCGAUGCUUCCCGGUUGGGGGGGAGGAAAUUAACUGGAAGAAUGUGUCUGAGACUUUUGCGAAGGUUCUACAUGCUGAAGGGCUCGUCCCAGGCCCUCAAGCCAGAAGUGUGACUUUGGACGAAGCAGGCGAGGGCGAGUUGCCAAUGCUGAUGGCGAGCAAUGUCAUGUUUGCAUCACGUCGGGCAGAGAAGCUAGGUUACAAGCACAACGGAGUUGGGCUGGUAGAAUCUUGA